UUCACACUAAGACAUGCAGACAGACAUUUAUGUCCACCACAAGGAUGAUUGCUGUGCUUAUGUUGCUGAUGGUUGGGCUGGUUUCCAGCGACAUUAACUGCCCUGAUGGACACCAAUGUACAGAUGAAAGUACUUGCUGCAAAACUUCAUCUGGAUAUGAAUGUUGCCCUUACCCUUCUGCUGUUUGCUGUGACGAUCAAACUCACUGUUGCCCAAACGGUUACACCUGUGACACACAAUCCGGCCAGUGUAAGAAACAGGGACUGCCAUUGGUUGCCAUUCCUCUGCUGAAGCGGGUGCCUGCAAAGAAGCCUCAGAGUCCUAUGUCCUCCGCUCCUGUGUCUGAGAGUGUCAAUGUUUCAGUGGUUCAUUGUGACAAUCAAGCUGCUUGUCCUGAUGGUACAACAUGCUGUAAGGCUCCUUCUGGGAUAUGGUACUGCUGCCCACUCCCCAUGGCUCAGUGCUGUAGCGACGGAACCCACUGCUGUCCCCACGGUUACCAUUGUGACCCCACAUUAACACGCUGUCAGCCAGGAGGUCUCAGUCUGCCCGCUUCCCCACAUCUGCCUUCCCCAAGGGUCAAGACCACUAAGGAUCGGUGCUGUCUGACUGAGACAGGUUGCUGCCCCUCGGGGUUCCACUGCGAUGAGGCUGGCGGAUCCUGCGUGAGCGAUACACACGAGGGCAUCCCCAUGACUCCCCUGGUUCAGGCCACAGACGGCAAGGCCGCGAGCGGCGUUAUUCGCUGUGAUGGAAGCUUCUUUUGUCCGGCUAAAUAUUCAUGCUGUCAGACACCAUCCGGCAAGUGGGGAUGCUGCCCAUACCAACUGGGUCAGUGCUGUAAGGAUGGUAAACAUUGCUGUGAAUAUGGAUACACUUGCGGUGACCAAUCCGAUCAGUGCUUGAAAGGCUACUUUCGUAUUCCUGCUGGCCAGAGGAAGAAAGCCCAGUUCCUCUAAAUCCAAACUGCAGGCAACUCCAUCCAGUUUGACAUCAUUUACAAGCAAUGAGCCCUAAAUCACAUUUGUAUCAAUCAUGGAAAGUCAUUUGUCUGACUAACAACACUUCAUUUUAUCACAAGUUUGGUUAAACAUCAACGCUUUGCUUAUUACAGCACAUUUGUAGGUUAUGCAAAGUUUGCAUCCCAGAUAACCACCCUACUGCC